AUGAUGCUGAGUCCGGACCAAGCCGCCGACUCGGACCACCCCAGCUCGGCGCACUCGGACCCGGAGUCGUUGGGCGGCGCGGAGGCCAAGGUACUGGGCAGCGUGUCGGACCUGGAGCCGGUGGAGGAGGCCGAGGGCGACGGCAAGGGCGGCAGCCGGGCCGCGCUCUACCCGCACCCGCAGCAGCUGAGCCGCGAGGAGAAGCGCCGCCGCCGGCGCGCCACCGCCAAGUACCGCUCGGCCCACGCCACCCGCGAGCGCAUCCGCGUGGAGGCCUUCAACUUGGCCUUCGCCGAGCUCCGCAAACUGCUGCCCACGCUGCCCCCGGACAAGAAGCUCUCCAAGAUCGAGAUCCUGCGCCUGGCCAUCUGCUACAUCUCCUAUCUCAACCACGUCCUGGACGUGUAGGGCCGCGGGCGCGGCGGGAGGCCGCCUGUCCGGAAGCCGGGGGAGCGCCACCGGCCCCGGGGGGCAGCCGCAGGGCUGGUGGACGAGAGGGCCGCCCAGCCGGACAGCCGUCGCGAGAGGCCUGGACGCGGGAGGAAGCUUGCCACGCGUUCGA